AUGGACGGAGAGAGCGGGAUUCACAAACUUUUGUUUCUUCUUUACAUGCUGCUGAGUGUUCAUCUUUGCACAUCUUCUGAAAUGAAAGUGAUCGAUGCGUUGGCGUUGGGCGACGCCUCUCGGACGUCGGCGGCGGUGACGGAUUUGGCGGAGAGUCUGGAGAAGAUGCAGGAUCUGUACGUGACCUCGACCUUCAGGCUCCAUCCCAAACUGGGCGGCGUGCUGCUCGGCCUCUACAGUAGAGACGACGGCAGAAAGUAUCUGGAGAUCACCGUCAUCGGCAAGAUCAACAAAGUGUUGGUUCGAUAUCUGCGCUCGGAUGGACGCCUCCACACGGUGAACCUGCAAAACCCCGCCCUCUCGGAUGGGCGGAGCCAGUCCCUGAUGAUGAAAGUCGGUGUAGCGAAACGGAAUCACGUUAGCCUGGAGCUUUACGUUAAUUGCAGACUAGCUGACUCCGCCCAUCACCUGCCUUUAUUGGCUAGGAUUCCAUCCAAGCCGGAGUCUGUGGAGCUUCGUACCGGAGAGAAGAACUUUGCCAGGAUGCAGGGGUCAGUGGAGUCUCUGAAGCUGGCUCUGGGUGGUUCUCUUCCAAAAGCUGGACUUUUGACCGACUGCUCGUUGCAGGGAGACUCAACACUGCACAACAGUGUUGGCAGUGACAUUAAUGCAAUACUUGGUGAUCACACAAAGGCAUUGAUUGGUCAGCUGAUCAUCUUUAAUCAGAUCAUGGGCGACCUGAGAGAGGACAUCCGUGAACAGACAAAGGAGAUGUCUCUGAUCAGGAACACCAUCCUCGAGUGCCAAGUGUGUGGUUUCCAUGAGCCCCAGUCACGGUGCCAGCCCAACCCAUGUUACAGUGGUGUCGAGUGUGUGGAUGUGUUGGAGUUUCCAGGUUAUCGGUGUGGUCCGUGUCGACCCGGCACUAAGGGAAAUGGCACACACUGCCAGGACAUUGACGAGUGCACUGCCGGGCCGUGUUUCUCCCCUCACAUGUGCGUGAACAGUGUUAAAGGAUUCCGGUGUGAGCCCUGUCCACCCGGUUUCUCCGGUCCAGAGCUCGGUGGUGUUGGUAUGGAGUUUGCUCAGAAGCACAAGCAGGAGUGUGUGGAUGUAGAUGAGUGUGAGGCUCAGACUAGUCGAUGUGUUCCCAAUUCCAUCUGCACCAACACGCCUGGAUCGUUCAAGUGUGGAGGGUGUAAGGCGGGUUUUUUGGGGAACCAGACGACGGGGUGUUUCCUGAAGAAGACGUGUGCUCUGCUCGGAUACGAUCCCUGUGACGUUAAUGCUCACUGUGUGAUGGAGCUCAGCAGUGACAUUAUCUGUGUGUGUAAUGUCGGAUUUGCGGGUAACGGGAAUAUCUGUGGUGCUGAUUCUGAUCUUGAUGGCUAUCCAGAUGAAGCUCUGCCCUGUAUGGAUAAUGACAGACACUGCCGACAGGAUAACUGCGUGUCCACGCCGAAUUCUGGUCAGGACGACACGGACGGUGACGGUGUCGGAGAUCAGUGUGACGAGGACGCGGACGGAGACGGGAUUAAGAACUUCGAGGAUAACUGCCGUCUGGUGCACAACAAGGACCAGACGAACUCGGACGCGGACUCGUACGGCGACAAGUGUGAUAACUGUCCGAACGUCCCAAACGCAGAUCAGCUGGACACUGACGGCAACGGUGUGGGAGACGUCUGCGAUAGUGACAUCGAUGGAGACGGGAUCCCCAACAUGCUGGACAACUGUCCGAAAAUUCCCAACGCCAUGCAGACGGAUCGGGACAACGACGGUGUGGGGGACGCAUGCGACAGCUGUGCUGAGGUCAACGACCCCACACAGUCUGAUGCUGACAGUGACCUGGUGGGAGACGUCUGCGACACCAACCACGACACGGACGGCGAUGGUUUCCAGGACACCAGGGACAACUGUCCCACCGUCCCCAACAGUUCUCAGCUGGACUCGGACAACGACGGCGUGGGAGACGAGUGUGACGAAGACGACGAUAACGACGGCGUUCCAGAUGCUCUCCCGCCCGGACCGGAUAACUGCAGGCUCAUCCCGAACCCCAACCAGAAAGAUUCCGACGGUGACGGCGUGGGCGACGUAUGCGAGGGCGACUUCGACAACGAUAAGGUGACGGACGCGAAGGACGCCUGUCCCGAAAACGCCGACAUCACCCUGACGGACUUCCGAGCUUUUCAGACGGUCACCCUCGACCCGCAGGGAGACUCGCAGAUCGACCCCAACUGGGUGGUGCUCAAUCAGGGGAUGGAGAUCAUACAGACCAUGAACAGCGACCCCGGACUGGCUGUUGGAUACACGGCGUUCAACGGCGUGGAUUUCGAAGGGACGUUUCACGUGAACACGGUGACGGACGACGACUACGUGGGCUUCGUGUUCGCCUACCAGGACUCGUCCAGCUUCUACGUGGUGAUGUGGAAGCAGACGGAGCAGACCUACUGGCAGAACCUCCCGGUCAGGGCCUGGGCCGAACCCGGCCUGCAGCUGAAGGCUGUGAAGUCCCGCACGGGUCCGGGCGAGUACCUGCGUAACGCCCUGUGGCACACCGGCGACACCCCCGGAGAGGCCACGCUGCUCUGGAAGGAUCCCAGGAACGAGGGGUGGAAGGAUAAAACCUCGUACCGCUGGAGCCUGAGCCAUCGGCCACAGGUCGGAUACAUCAGGGUCCGUCUGUAUGAAGGUGCGGAUCUGGUUGCGGACUCGGGCGUGGUGAUCGACGGCACCAUGAGAGGAGGACGUCUGGGGGUUUUCUGCUUCUCGCAGGAGAACAUCAUCUGGUCCAACCUGGGCUACAGGUGUAACGAUACGGUUCCGUAUGAUUUCUACCUCCACCAGAAACAGACCAACCUCAGGACGGGAGUUUAG